UAUCUGUUCAAUCAGGUCACCUAACAUUAAUCUGUGUCUUGUCAAUCUUAAUCCUGUUGUGAGUGUCAGUAACUCUUUGUCUCCUUUCGUUUAGAUAAUUCCAGUGGUGCAUUCCCACGACACUAAACAACCGUCGACGCAUCGAAGCCGAUCCCACCUCGACUCAAAACAACCACACACAGCUAGUCUUACCACUCCUAUUCACUUCUAACUUCCCAACCCCCUCGACUCCUUGCCCAAAGCAAAGACGCACGUAACCUUUUCCAAGACGACUCUACCCAGCACGAAGACUUAUCCAAGAUGGCCAGCGGUCGGAAAGCACAAAAAAUCGAAGCCGCCGACAAAGAUCAAGACGAUAACGAGAUCAACUUGAAUUACAAGGAAGCAGAGUGGAAACCUAUCAACACAGUCUCCGAACAAGUCGUCAAGUCGUGGAUCAUAGAGCAACAACAUUUGCCAUGGUUGCGCAUUCAAGGUGUCACCAAAGGCGACAACAAUGAAAUCCGUCUGAACAACAGACGAAAUGAUAAAGUGCGUACUCGAAAGCAACCUCCCAAUUGGUUCUCGGCCACGAAAGUGCCGACUGAGGUAUUCGACAAGUGGGCAGCAAAGCUCAAUCUCAGUCCAACGCUGGCUCACGACUUCGGCGGCGAGGAUAUUCUCGUCAUUUACGAUGCAGCAUGGAAUCUGCUACUCGCCUCAUCAGAUGAGGAGGAACCAUCUCAAAUGCCCACGGUUGAAACCAGGAGGGGUACAGACAACGAAAUUGACUACAUUCACGACAACGAGGACACGCCAUCAAAGCCGCACUUUUCACCCCCUGCUACCAUGCAUGGUACCUGCGACGACACGAACAAGUCCCUCGACAACGUCACCCAUACAAACCAAGUCGCACCCUGUCAAUCAGGCAAACAUCAUCCCCUGGAGCCCUACUACCUCUGUACUGGCUGUCACCAAAGAGACCUGACCUACAAACUCACCAAACACGAACAAAACCACAUGUUUCGAGACAGGGGUUUGUUUAGUCUCUGUAAAACCUGAGCGGGAGUCGCAAUGGGAGACUAUGGCCUUGAGGUCCAAGGUCAGGAGGUGGAUAGAUGUUUCUGCAUCCAGAGGCUUCCUCAGUGUCUUUGUGUCGAAUGCUGGGUGGAGGCGGCAAAGAUGAGAAGUCGGAAGCGCGACAGCACAGCGAGAUGUGACUGUGACAGACAAUACAUCAGGAAAAGCAAAGCAGAGAACUGUCGCUUCGUGCUUGGCAGCACU